CAGAAGGACCAAAACGCCCCGCCACCAGUACCAUGAAGUGAUUACGAAUUUGGAACAAAACGGAAGCAAAAGUCUCAAACUUGAAGUCCGGGCUAACUGUUGCGAGGGUUCUCUAGCUAGCAAGCCAACAUUUUUUUUUUUGUUGGUUUUGUAAUUUACAAAGAGCACCAAAAGCUCUCGUUUUCCUUUUACCCUUCUCCUUCUCUCUUCUUCCCAGAGUUUUGAGUUUCUCUGUUCUUUCAAGAAGGGUUCUUCUGGUGUUGCUCUUCUUCAGCUGUUUUUCUUCUUCUGGGUUUCGUUGUGGCUGUGGUUGAUCAAUAUGGCUUAGCGUCAUUGAGACAACAAAAGGAUACGUCUGGAGAUCAGGAAAAAGAGAAUAUUAUGGAGGUGAAUAUGGCAACUGAGAGCCCUGUGAGAAUGGUGGAGGGAUGUGGUGCUAGAAAAUGGUCAUCGCCAAAGGAUGCUGCUAUUUAUCGGUCACCUUUAAAGUCUGUGGCUGCAGAGGAAUUAGGAAUGAUUCUCAACGGGCAUAGGGUCCAUGGUGACCAAACUGAAAGUGUUCCAAGUCGAAGUGGUAGUGCACCACCAAGUAUGGAAGGGUCAAUUGCAGCUAUAGGGAAACUCUUAGCUCAACAGAACAUGAGCAUGACCUCUAGCUUGGAAAGUUUACACAAUGCUAUAGAGAAUUGCGAGUCUGAAGAACAACUGCGCUCUGAUCCUGCUUACUUUGCUUACUAUUGCUCUAAUGUCAACUUGAAUCCAAGACUUCCACCGCCACUGUUAUCUCGAGAGAACCGGCGUUUGGUGCGGCAUAUUGGUGGUUUGGGCACUAACUGGAGAGGUGCUUCAGUAGAUGACACUGGCAAUGUCUCCUUACACUUAUCUGGAGGCUCUUUAUCUACUCAUAAGGAGGAGCCUGAAGACGAAAGAUCACCCAGGGAUGCAUCGGAAAAUUCCUUGGACAAUAGCAGUCUGCUCAUCUCAGGACACAGUGCUUCUUUUGCAGGUGGUCGUCAUAAAAGUUUGGUUGAUCUUAUACAGGAAGACUUUCCCCGGACGCCAUCCCCUGUGUAUAGUCAUACCCGUUCCCCAGGUCAUGGAACUGAAGAAGCUGUUGAACAUGAUGUCAAUGCAACUACAGAGAAUAUUUCUUCUAUUAGUUUGUCAGAAUUUCCUGAAGGAAAUGAUGGUUCUGAUGGAGGCUCAGAUGUGCAUGAAGUUGACCUUCAUGCUCUCAGGUUAUCAUCAGGCAAUGACACCCCAACCUCCUCUUUGCAAAUAAAUGCACCAAAGAAAAGGGAUCAAUCUGCGACAAAGGAAGCUAACCAGGAGGGAGAUUCCCCAAAUAUAGGUUCCAUUCAGUCUGGUGUCGUGAAAAUGGAAGCGAGGAUGAGAAACAGACAAGAACAACAACAAUCUUAUAAUAGGAAUGAGUCUCAGCAGCAUCCAUCUGUUCGCCAUACCAUUCCUCAUCAGCCUCAUGGGAUCCAAGCUCUCGUGAUUUCACAAGCGAUGAGUUAUUCCCACAGUCCCGUUGAUAACUUAUCGCAUGUCCACCCGAAUUUCCCAUCUGUUGACUUACAAUCAUCAGUCAAUUCCUCUGUACUCAACCCUCCUUUAUAUGCAAAUGCUACUGCUUACAUGACUGCUGGGAGUCCUUACUAUCCUAACUUCCAACCAUCUGGCUUAUACUCGCCGCAUUAUGGUAUGGGAGGGUAUGCACUAGGCUCGACGUUCGUUCCCCCAUUUAUGACCAGCUAUCAUUCUCAUGGUCCAAUUCCUAUGCCAUUUGGUGCUGCUUCGGCCCCAGGGAUUGAUAGUAGGACUGCUGCUCCCCUUGCUGGGGAAAGCAUUACACAUAUUGGUGGAUCACAUCAUCCAGGAAAGUUUUAUGGACCUCAUGGAUUAAUGCUUCAACCACCCCUUGUAGAUCCACUACAUAUGCAAUAUUUUCAAAAUCAGUUUGGAGAGGCAUAUGGUGCCACCGUGCAUCAUGACUACCUGCCGUCAAGUGGAACUAGUGGGGGUCAACUUGAAACAUUUACUCCAAGGAAAGAGCAGCCUACUCCUACAUAUUUGGGUGACAGAAAACUCCAGCCUCCAACUUAUGGAAAUUUAAGCAUCCCAAGUCCAGGAAAAGUAGGUUUAAAUGGUAGUAGCUACUACGGGGGCCCUGCUAGUAUGGGUGUCAUACCCCAAUUUCCUGCCUCGCCUAUUCCCAGUCCUGUACUACCUUCUUCUCCAGUAGCACCAGUGAAUCAUUUUGGUCGGCGGAACGACACAAGAUAUCCUCAGGCCAAUGGCAGAAAUGCAGGACUCUACUCUGGGGGUCAAGGCCAGAGGGGGACUAGCAGUUUUGAUGACCAGAAACGACAUUAUUUCCUUGAAGAGCUUAAAUCCAGCAAUGCACGCAAGUUUGAGCUCUCCGAUAUAGCAGGCCAUGUUGUUGAAUUCAGUGUUGAUCAACAUGGUAGCCGAUUUAUCCAGCAAAAGCUUGAACACUGCAGUGCCGAAGAAAAAAAUUCUGUGUUUAAGGAAGUGCUGCCUCAUGCUUCUAAGUUAAUGACCGAUGUCUUUGGGAACUACGUCAUACAAAAGUUUUUUGAACAUGGAAGUUCCGAACAGCGAAAAGAGAUUGCAGAUAAGCUUUCUGGACAGGUGUUGCAGUUGAGUCUUCAGAUGUAUGGUUGUCGUGUGAUACAGAAGGCCCUUGAGGUGAUCGAGCUUGACCAAAAAACCCAACUUGUGCAAGAGCUUGAUGGUCAUGUGAUGAGAUGUGUUCGUGAUCAGAACGGGAAUCAUGUCAUCCAGAAGUGCAUAGAAUGUCUUCCCUCAGAAAAUAUUGAAUUUGUUAUUUCUGCUUUUCGAGGCCAAGUUGCCACACUGUCUACUCAUCCUUACGGUUGUCGAGUCAUCCAGAGAGUUCUAGAACAUUGUUCAGAAGGACAGCAAAGUCAAUGUAUUGUGGACGAAAUUUUGGAAUCUGCUUUCCAUCUUGCUCAAGACCAAUAUGGAAACUAUGUAACCCAGCAUGUCCUUGAGAGAGGUAAUGUGCGUGAAAGGAGUGAAAUUAUCAGCAAGUUGACUGGGAAGGUGAUUCAGAUGAGUCAGCAUAAAUACGCUUCAAAUGUUGUGGAAAAGUGUCUAACACACGGUGAUGUUGCUGAACGUGACCUCUUGAUAGAGGAGAUUAUAAGGAAGCCUGAAGAUAACGAUAGCUUGUUGACAAUGAUGAAGGACCAAUUUGCAAAUUAUGUAAUCCAGAAGAUUCUUGAUAUUGGCAGCGAUCUGCAGAAGGAAGUACUGCUCAAUCACAUUGGCCUCCAUAUUCAUGCCCUUAAGAAGUACACGUACGGAAAGCACAUAGUUGCUCGGUACGAGCAGCUCCGUGGCGAAGAAAAUGAAGUCCCUGAGCCUUGAAGUCGGUGACAUUGCACUUGGAACGUGGCACACCUGUGUCGUGCUUGUGGCGAUAGCAGCCAGAUCCAGUUGGAGAUGUUAAAAUGCAUAGGAGGGAAGGAAGGGUAGAUGAAUUGAUAUGGCUACUAUUCUUAUGCACAAGAAUUGAUUGAAGCUGGGGAAUGAAAGAGGACUUGAUGUAUGUGGGGAAAUGGGCAGUGGAGAAGGUUAAAGUAUAUAUAUUAGUAAUCUAGUGUUUGUGAUGGGUGUGAAAGUAAAAAUAUGUUUAUGUGUACAUGUAUGUAAUGUAUAGGAAGGAAAGGAAGGAUCAAAGGAGGGUGGAUAUUAUAUUUACAGGGUGAUUGAUGAUGAUAGGAGUAGUCUUGCACUCUUCUUGUUUUCAGCCUAAAUUGUGGAUCAGUGAGUGGGAUUCUUGUGUUUGGUUCUCCUUUAUAUAUCCUUUUGCUUUUUGUGCUUAUGGACACCAUUUCUUUACAGUCAAAGAGAGGGA